CUCCCCGACCUUGGCUUUGGUGAAUAAGCGACGCAAACAAACUGUCCGUCAACCUCGGCGACUCCAGCAUCGGCAGACCGAAUUGGCUGCAACAAUGAGACUUCAUUGGAGAGUUCACAAAACACUAGGGAAUUUCCUUCGUCAUUAUGGCACUGCACAAAUUAGACCAGGACUCAUAAGAGACAUUUGGCAGCCAGUGAUUGGCCUCGAGAUUCAUGCUCAAAUAUCGUCAACAAGUAAAUUGUUUUCUCGAGUUGGAACAAGGUUUGGUGCUCCUCCGAAUAGUCAGGUUGGAGUAUUUGAAUCAGCUCAUCCUGGAACCUUACCAGUCUUGAAUAAAAGAUGUGUUGAGGCAGCUAUAAAAACUGCUUUAGCACUUCAAGCAACAGUCAACAAAACUUCUUGGUUUGUCAGAAAGCAUUACUUUUACCCAGAUCUGCCUGCUGGCUAUCAGAUCACUCAAUUGGACCACCCUAUAGCCAGUGAUGGGCACCUUGACUUCAUUGUUUAUAAUGCUGCAGUGCAUCGUAAACCGUACAGGCACUCUGUGAAGCUUAUUCAGAUUCAGCUAGAGGAAGACAGUGGCAAAAGUAUCCACGACAAGGAGAAUCAUAGAGUUCUUGUGGACUUGAAUCGUGCAGGCCAGCCUCUGAUGGAACUGGUAUUUGCUCCAGAUCUGCGUGAUGGUGAAGAGGCUGCUGCACUCGUCAAAGAAUUAAGCCUAAUUUUGCUUCAAUUGGGCACCUGUAAUUGUCGCAUGGAAGAGGGUUCCUUGCGUGUAGAUGCUAACAUCUCUGUACACAGGCCUGGGGAACCUCUUGGCACUCGCACAGAAGUUAAAAACUUGAAUUCCAUCCGAUCAUUAGUUAGGGCAAUUGAUUUUGAGAUUGAAAGGCAGAUAGGGAUUUUGGAGUCUGGUGGGGUUAUAACUAAUGAAACCAGGAGCUUCGAUGCAGACAGAAGGGAAACCAUUACCAUGAGAGACAAGGAGGUUGUUCAGGAUUACAGAUUCAUGCAUGAACCCAAUCUACCACCUUUACGGCUCUUUGACUCUUCAGAAGGAAGUGGCCGUCAGAAUGGCUCCCUUGACAUUAAUGCAGUCCGCCAAGAACUACCUGAACUGCCAGAGGAAAAGAGGCAGCAAUUGAUGAAAAACUAUGGUGUUACGUUGGAAAAUGCAAUCAUUCUUGUGAAUAACCCCAUUAUACUGGAUUUCUUCUUGGAUGUGAUGGCUGACAAGAAGAGAGACUCCCGUUUAGUGUGUAAUCUGUUGCUUACCAAUCUCCUAGGAACUUUGAACAGCGCAAAUGUUGACUUCCAGAAAAGCCCCAUGUCAGCAGGUGCCUUUGGAGAGAUUGUUGACCUUCAGCAGAGUGGACAAAUCCUUAAUGACACUUCCCUCAGACUGAUUGAUCUUAUUUGCAAUGAUGGUGAUUUAAGGUCUCCCACGCAGAUUGUGAAUGCAAAUAACUGGUUAAAGUUUUCUGAUGAUGAUCUCUUGGAGUCACUGGUGGUGAAAGUGUUGAACGAUAAUCAAAAUUUGGUUAAGAAAUACAGAGCAGGAAAGAAAAAGAUGUUCAAUGCUCUAAUGGGGAAGGUGAGAGCAGCCACUGAUAGCAGAGCAGACAUGAAGAAAGUUAAAGAGAUUAUUACAAAGAAAUUGACAGAAUGAACAUGGAUAAUUGUGUAAAUAUGGUACCUUUACUAGCAUAAAGAAGAUGGGACUCAUGAGCAACAUAUUGGAACUAUUUACCUUACCUCAUUGUAUAUUCACAAUUUGUAAUGCUUUUUGUUUUUUCAUAGAUAUUAGAUGGGAAAAUGUACUCUGUGUGAGGCAUUAGCACAGAUAGUGUUAUGUAAAUAUGGUAUCUACUUACCAUGCUAAUCAUUGUAAUAACUGAUUAUCUGUAAAUAAAUAUAUAUUGGCAUUUUCAUAGAUAUAAUUAGAGACAAAUUGAAUAAUAAUAAUUUUUUUUUGUAAUGAAAAAUGUAUACAGACAACUUGUGUGAGAAUUGAACUUUCACGUCAUAAUCACAGAUGACUACUUAGCAUUAUGACUGAUGUUGACUUGUGCAGUGCAUAUUUCAUGGCAAGGAAAUGCAAUGGGACAUGUGUACAGUUUUGUGUAUAAAGUAUAUGAUAUUAUUUAUUGAAUUAAAGAUUUUAUAGCAGCUA